AUGCUGCUCAAUGCAUUCAUUCUCGUUCCAAUUUUCACAUGGUAUAGAGCAGGUUCCAUCGUGAGAACUGUUCCUAGGGCCCACUGUAAAGUUUUUUUUUCCUGCCCGGAGCGCGCUCCGCCCCUGCCCGAGUCGCGCUCCCCUCCCCUCGCUUCCCUUAGCGGCCCCGUCGCGCCGCGCUUCCGGCCCCGGCGCCGCCUCUGCUGGCCCCGGCGCCCCACCGUCGCGACCCCGCGGCCCCACCCUCGCGUCGCCCUGCGCGGCGUCGUUACAGCCGCCCGCGACCCCGACGCCGCCCGUCGCGACCCCGUCGCCCUUCGCGCCGCCCGCGACCUCGUCGCCGCGGCCGCCUGCGACCCUACCGCUGCAGCCGCCCGCGACCCUGUCGCCGCAGCCGCCCGCGACCCUGCCGUCGCCGCCGCCCGCGACCCUACCGUCGCCGCCGCCCGCGACCCUGCAGUCGCAGCCGCCUGCGACCUCGUCGCCGCGGCCGCCUGCCCUCCCGUCGCCGCAGCCGCGCGCGACUCCUGUAGUCGCCGCCGCACGCGACCCCACCGCCGCCCUUUGCGGCCCCUUCGCCAUCCCUUCGCGGCCCCGCCGAGCAGCCGCGCCGCCGAGACGCCGCCGCCGCCGAGCCGCCGAGCCGCCGAGCCGUCGAGCUGCCAAGCCGCCGAGCCGUCGUUGCCGCCGAGUUGCCGAGCCGUCGAGCCGCCACUGCCGCCGUGCUGCCGAGCCGCCGAGACGCCGCUGCCGACGCGCUGCCGAGCCGCUGAGCCGCCGAGCCGCCGUUCCUGCUGUCGCGGCCCUGUUCCUGCCGACGCGCCUCGGUCCUUCUCGCCUGCCCGUGUCCUCACCUUUGACGCUGAGGGUCGGGCCAUUGACUUUGACGUCUGGGUAGAUGACCUGCAGCUUUUCCUACUGAGCGACAGAGCAGACGGCCUCUCCCUUUUUGACCUCACCUCUGGUGCCUCUCCUGCCCCUGCUGCUGAUGCUGACCCCACUGUUCGCUCCCAGUGGGCCACACGCGAUGCUGCUGCCCGCCUUGCUGUGCGCCGCCACUUGCCGACCGCUGAGCGUGCGCACUUUAGCCAGUACAAGAGUGCUAAGACCUUGUACGACGAUGUUGUUGCACGCUACUCUUCCCCUGCCACUGCUGCGCUUAGCCGCCUCAUCCUACCGUACCUCUUCCCUGACCUCGCCGCUUUUCCCACUGUCGCUGACCUCAUUACGCACCUUCGCACUAGUGACACUCGCUACCGCGCUGCGCUUCCUGCUGAGUUCUGCGCCAAGAACCCCCCCCCCAUGUACAUCACCCUCUACUACAUAGUCACCCGGCUCCCUGACACCCUUCGCCCGGUUAGGGACCACUUCCUCUCUGUUUGCCCCACCACCCUCACCGUUGACCUCCUCGAGGAGCGCCUGCUCGCGGCAGAGAAGAGCAUAGUCGCAGUAGGUGCCUCUCGUGGUGACCCUCGUACCCCUGUCUUUGAGGGGUGCUCCCCCUCUCCCCUCUUGCCCUCUGUUGCCUCUGCUGCUGCGGCCGACCUCGUUGGUCUUGAGUCGGUCGCUGCGGCGUCUGCCCCUAGCGGGAGACGCCGCUCUGGCAAGGGCAAGGGGGGCAAGGGUGCUGGAGGGGCUGGAGGGGGCGGUGGAGGCGGAGGUGGAGGUGGUGGAGGGGGUGGGGGUGGCGGUGGGGGUGGUGGCGGGGGUGGGGGCGUCGGUGGCGGGACUGGAGGUGGAGGUGGAGGCGGCGGUGGCGGUGGGAGCGGAGGUGGCGGAGGUGGCGGUAGUGGAGGAGGUAGCGGCGGAGGCGGCGGAGCUGGUCGGGGUGGCGCUGCGCAGAGGGGUGGCUCCGGUGGUGGUGCGCGCCAGCAGCAGCAGCAGCAGCGUACCCGUGAGACCCCUUCCCCCCAGCAGCUUCGUGAGUGGUACGCUGCUCGUCAGCGGGGCGGGGGUGCUGGCCCCUGCACCUACGUUCUCCGUACCGGCGACCGGGCGGGUGAGCAGUGUGGGGGCGCGCACCCCACCCAGACGAAUGAGUUCGCAACCUCUUGGUCCAGAUCUAUCAACAGUCGCGACAGUUGA